CUAGGUCUUUUCCUAAACGUGUGAUUGUUUUUGGAAACCCUGAUCUACUAGGUCUUUUAAUCCUAUCUGGACAAGGUUUCAAUGUAGUUAUAUAUAUAAGUCCUAGUUGGGGAUCUCAAUCUAUACAAAUACUACAUUCUACAAUACAUACAUUGCUCUCAGAUCUUUUACACUUCUCCCUAUUCUUCUUCAACUUCUCCUUAUCAAUCUACUGUUUUUCCUCAUGGCAUCCAAGCUUUCGCUUGCCUUUCUUCUUCUUGUUUUUCUUUCAAUCCUUCCACGACCCACUAUUUCAACAGCUGCUCAAGAAACUAACCACCAUGAUCACGGGUUGAAUGUUGGGAUGAUCUCAAGUGUCUUAUCCAACAAGGGUUACAUAGCCAUGUCCUUAAUUCUCGAACAAAUCCUCCCUACAUUGAUACCUUCCGAAGUAACCCACAAUACCACAAUCACCAUAUUCUGCCCACUUGAUAAGGCUUUCUUGUCUUCCAAGCACCCUCAGCCACCAUUUACCCUCCUGCAGUACCACAUUGCACCGCUAAGGCUUGAUAGGGAGGCUCUUCAGUCUUCUCUUCCAUACGAAUCCAUGGUCGAUACUCUCCUUCCCCAUCACCCACUUGUGGUUACUACAACACCCCAUCAUAGCGAUCACGCUUCCAUUAAUGGAGUCAAGGUUACAGAUUGGGAUAUCUACAACAAUGGGCAUGUGAUUGUUCAUGGGGUGGAGGACUUCUUUGAUCCUGCGUUUCAGACCCUACUAUAUCCAUGGUACGAUGGUAGGGUCACAAAAAAUGAAAUUGAGAGCAGUACUGGAAAGGAUUCAAAUACAGAGUUGGGCAGGCUUUCUUGGGUGAAAGAGGUGAUGGAGCAGAAGUUUUUCCUUGUGAUGGCGGUUCUUGUCUUCGCUGGAUCGUGUAUUUCUCUUGCUUGCCUCCGUCGUUGGAAUCGUCAAUAUGGAGGAUAUGCUCACAGGAAGCCAAAUGAUGGUAUUUUGGUUUGAGGAAAAGAAUUGGUAUCUCGUGGAACUACAUAGAAUUGUAGUCUUGUGUAGUUUUUCGAAAUUUUUAUGAAUGCUUUUAUUUGUUAGACUCUUGUUUCAUUCACAUCCGAAAUUGCAAGAGAAUACAACACUGUAAUAGAGAUUAUUACUAGGCUUUCAUAAAUCGUAAUG